AUGGCGCUCAAGGACAUGACCUCCGACCUGAAGAAGCUCGAUUCUCACAUCGACUCUCUUGAGGAUGCACUCAAGCCCCUGAUUGACAACCUUCCCGAGAUGGCCAACGAGCUUCCCCUGCUCGACAAGGCCAAGAUGUACGCUCUUACUGCCUACGCCAUUGAGACUCUUCUCUUCUCAUCACUCCGUCUUCAAGGCGUCGACGCCAAGGACCACCAGGUCAUGACAGAACUGAAGCGCGUGCAACAGUACUUUGGAAAGAUCAAGGGUGCAGAGGAGACACCCGCGCAGCGCACAACGACGGUCAACACGGAAGCCGCGACGCGCAUUCUGAAAGCGGACCUUGGAAGCAACGACCAGACGCUGAAGAAGAGGCUGGAGGAGAAGCUGGCCGAGGAGCGCGCCAAGGCGCUGCUCAACUCGAUGCAGAAGACCAAGAGGCCGGCUCCCGAGUCGCCGUCCGCCAGCUCCUCUGGCCCGGAGAAGAAGCAGAGGAACUCAAGAAGGAAGAGCUCCAACAAGAACAAGUCUUGA